AUGAAUGGCAGCAAACACCCUACAAACCUACCGGGACACGAAGAAGAAGAGAGAGAAGCGAGUACAGGGACCAAGCUGUCUCCUGUAUGCCUGGAUGAAGAUAUGAAAGAGCAAUCCACCCCAACUGAAGAGCUUCGCAACGAGUCUUUUCCCAAGUCCUUCUCUCUCACGGAGUCAAAGCUUGGCAUGCUACCACACUCCUCCUCGGCAACUAGCUCUGCAAAGAAUGGGAGUGAUGCCGCUGAGUUAGCAAACAGCAAUCCACAAUCAUCCAACGAGGCUGAAAGGACCGUCCUUCUAAAAAAACUCAUGGAAAAAUCGGCCGCCAUCAACAGCACAGUUGCUGACAGGACCAUUUCAAGGCAUGGAAGGUCCAACCAGAGAUGGAUUAUUGAAUCCGAUUCAUCCGAAGUUGUACGGCUCGUUACUGGCUGUGUUCCGAUUCUCAAGGGAGGAAAAAUCAUGCUGGUCAGUGCCAGCAAAAAGAAGGAAUGGAUAUUACCCAAGGGUGGAUGGGAAAAGGACGAGGAGUUGGAGGAGUCAGCUAUUCGUGAAACAUUCGAAGAAGCAGGAGUUAUGGGUGUACUGGGACCGAAGCUUGCAGAGAUUAAGUAUGAAACUAGAAAAUCAAAGAAGCGGCGGUUGGAAAGCUCGUCCGCGAGUGAGGAUGAACAAGUCAAUCGAGUGUCAGAUCAUGGUGAUAAGGGAGACGCAAGUGUCCAGACACAAAAAUCUGCGGAGCUCUCUCUGGACAAGCGAAACGACGCUGUUGAUGCAGGAAAGGAUAAGAGCAAAGACACGGGGCCAGGCAGUACUGGGCCCAGGGAAGCACCCAAAAUCUACAGUCACGUCUGUGCAAAACUAUUCCCUCUUUACAUAAAAGAGGUGAUGUCCACUUGGCCAGAAAAAGGACGAUUGCGAAAAGCAGUUGAUUUGGAUCAGGCUAUUGAGCUGUUGGUUGAAAGGCCAGAGAUGCAAUCAGCGCUUCUCGAAGUUAGAGCAAGAAGACUGCACCUCGUGUGA